AUGGAAUUCCACGGACGUCAGGCACAGGGCAAUCGAAGGCAGAGAGUCUCCUCACACUCCCAGAAACGGACAGAUCUUGAUGUGAUACGGAAUCUGGGGCCAGAAGCUUCCAGUUCCGAUACGGAACGUGCCCUAGAGAGCCUGAUCCAGCGUUGGCACAACGAGCCCGGGCGCGUGACUAAGCUGCUGCAAAAUGCCCAAGGCAGUGGCGUGGUCAGCGGAAUUCUCCGCAGCAUGCAGAGCAACCAAAUCGAAGUCAACGUGUGGCACUCAAACGCGGCUGCAGGAUCUUUGGUUGAGAAGUACAGUUGGCAAAAGGCUGUGCACCUCUGUGCAGCGAUGGGUAGUGCUGCCCUCCUGCCAGACGUACUAACGGCCACAGUGUCGGCAAGAGCUCACAUGGAGGGUGGUAAUUGGCUGUUGUCCCUGAAGCAUCUCCACGAUAUGAAAGCCAUGAGGGCCGACAUCCGGGCAUACACGAAGUCAUUCCUGGCACCGUGCACAACAAGAAAUGAUUGGCAGCUGUCCAUCUGGUAUCUUCGCAAUUCUGCCAGUCUGAAUCUUCAGCCAGAUUCUGUCAGCUUGGCAGAGGUUCUCGGUGCCUGCAAAAGAGGCAGGUGCUGGCCCAAAGCCUUGCAGCUGCUGAGCAUGCAGUCCAAUAUGCAGUCUAUGGCCCCACCCGUGGCCGCGUCCCAGAGGAGGGCCCGGCCCAGCCCUGUACUGGUUGCCAAUUCAGUCCUUGAUGUUCUGGCGACUGGAAACCGAUGGAGGGAAGCCGCGUCCGUUUUUAGAAGAAUGAGCCACGCACGCCUCUCAUGGGAUCAUAUUUCUGCCAACACUGUCAUCAAUGCUGUCCCCCAAUGGCAGCAGUCACUGUCCUGUCUUUACGUGCUUGUGGAUCAGGAGCUGGAGCCAGACAUAGUAACUCAUGGCUCGGCAAUCCCGGAGGGUCCGGGAGGUCAGUGGCAGCAGGGUUUAAACUUCCUCGCCAUGAUGCAUCGAUGCGGCUCAGCUCCCAACUUCUUGAUUUGGAACUGCUUCAUGAACACGCUCUCUGCGGAACCCAGGUGGUUGCAAGCAUUUGCGUUGUUGGGUCGCCUGCCACAAUUCUCGGUGCAGUGCGAUCGGAUCACUUUUGCGGCUGGCAUGCUUGCGGCACAGUCAGCUUCUUUAUGGCAGACAUCUGUCACCUUGGCUUCCUCAAUGUUGCAAGAAUCUAUCAAACAUGAUGCCAUGAGCUAUUGCGUCUUCAGCCGUGCUUCCAGUUCAUGGCAAGGAGCCUGCAGCAUGCUGCAAUCGUUUCGCUGGCAAGUCCGCGCGGACAUGAUUACCCAGAAUUCACAUUUGGAUAUGUUUAGCAAAUCGUCGGACUGGAAGUGUGCUUUGGGCAUGUCCACGGGCAUGCAAACUGCUGGGAUGUUGCUGGAUGAAGUCAGCUGCUGUGCGCUGAUAAGCGCCUGCCAGACUCCACAAACUUGGCAAUGGGCACAGCGACUUCUUGACGAAGUAAGGCUUCUGCAGCUAUCAUUGGACACGGCGAGCUGCAACUCGGCCAUUACUGCCCACGCGCAGUCGCUGCGCUGGCGCGACUCGUUGACGUUGCUUCAUCUCAUGCCUUCAAGAGAUGUUCUCGCUGAUGACAUCAGUUUCGACGUAGCCAUUCAGGCGUGCAAAGGCGACCGCUGGAAGCGAAUAUCACUGCUUUUCUCAGAGCUUACACGUCGAAGACUCGGGCCGGAACUUUGCCGCCUCAUGGUAUUGCCGGAGUGCGAGCAGCAUGGCUUACGCUCAGUCGAAGUGGCUUGGCAAAGUUACUGCCGGCACGUUUCUUGUCGGGUAGGGUCAGCUGUUGGAGUGCGACGCCUCUUCGGUGCUUCAGGCUGA